UUUUAGGCUUCUGGGUUUUGGGUACGACAGAAGGAAACAUGGCGGCUAGUUGUGGAAGAAGAACCCUACAGUCCACUUGUGCUUCAGCCAAGACCAUUUUGACCCAUUCAACAUCUUCAAGAUCUGCUAAUAAUAAGCUGGCCGGCCUUUUCUCUUCUAAGCCAACCUCUGCAUCGCGAUUCUCUCUCCGCAAUCUCAUUUCUUCCAGGCUCCCAGUGGAAUUGGGUGGUGCAGUAACUUUGAUGCCAUUGCAUAGUGCUACUGCCUCUGCCUUGUUUACUUCAUUGCUGUCUUUGCAUAAUCAAAGCUGGGGGUGUCUUUCAGAAGGCUUUGCAACACCUCUAUAGCAUUGCCUAUGGGCUCCUGUUUUUGAUGCUGCUCGGACCUUCAUCUGCGGGAGAUUUUGCUUUCUCCACAUGUUUCGGAUUGAGAUUGAACAUAAUAUUUGGCUUUGAAAAGGACUAGUCAAAUGCCAUCUCUUGCCACCUUGUUCUCUAAAACGGUUUUAGCCUAAUAUUAGUAGCAUGUCAUAAGAUAAUAAUAACUGAUAUAUUGAAUAGCUGUGCAAUUUGGAUAUUGUAAUAUGAUUCGGUCAUAUUUGGAAUUUGAUGGUGUUACUUUGUUAAUGGAUUAUAAUUUUUAUUGGUCAAAGUACUUUAUAGGUCCUUGUAUUA